AUGAACCCAGGCGGCCAACCCCCACACGGGUACCCACCGCAGCAGCCGGGGUACCCUCCGCAGCAGGGAUAUCCCCCGCAGCAAGGAUACCCGCCCCAACAAGGGUACCCGCCGCAACAAGGGUACCCGCCGCAACAGUGCCCGCCGCAGCAAGGAUACCCUCCACAGCAGGGGUAUCCACCACAGCAAGGGUACCCGCCGCAGCCAGGAUACCCACCGCAACAAGGGUAUCCUCCACAGCAAGGGUACCCUCCGCAGCCAGGAUAUCCUGCGCAACCAGGUUACCCUGUCCAGCCUGGGUACCCUGUGCAUGGACAUAAACACGGUCACAUGCCUGGUCACGCGUACGCUCAGCCUGCAUACGUGGCGCAGCCUGGUGUGCUCCUUGCUGGUGGAAUGAUGAAGCACGGGAAGUACAAGCAUGGGAAGCAUAAGGGGUACAAGCACAAGGGGUACAAGCACAAAGGGUUUAAGGCUAUCAUCUACAAUCUGGUCAUCUGA